AUGUCGACUACAAGGACUAUAGAGGGUCUGCCAGGUCAUUUACAGCCUACUAAUGACGAGAAAAUAAAUAAAUUACGCUUUAUGCACCUGACUGAAUACGCCAAAACCCAGAAGAGAACUGGUUGGCUGAGAAGUGGUGUCAGUAGUGCAGAGAGUAUUAGCGAUCAUAUGUGGAGAAUGUCAGUAAUGAGUUUAGUGUGCGCAGAUGAUAAUAUUGAUCAUGUCAAAGCUUCCCAAAUGGCUUUUAUACAUGAUAUAGCUGAAUGCAUUGUCGGUGAUAUAGCCCCCUCUGAUAACAUACCUAAAUCAGUGAAGGCUGAACUUGAAAGGAAUGCUAUGAAUGAUCUGGUUACCAAAUAUUUGCAUAGUAGUAAGCAAGGAAAAUACAUCAUGGAGAUAUGGGAGGAGUAUGAGCAACAAUCCUCACCUGAGGCUAUCUUUGUUAAAGAUCUAGACAGGCUGGAGAUGUGUUUGCAAGCAUGCGAGUACGAAAGAAUACAGAAUGGCAUUGAUCUAAGCGGCUUUUAUACAUCACUGGAUAGCAUUAAAACUGAACAAGUUAGGGCUUACGGGAAAUUACUACUUGAAGAACGGAAUUCUUUCGUUGGAAAUACAUAA